CAGGAUCUCCCCCUUCGCUGGGAGGCAGCAGACAGCUCAGUGCUGUCAGUGCUGGGACACAUCCACCUACCGAUCACACGCUUCUGAAACGCACUUAAACUUUUAAACUUCUCAUUCAUAAAACCACCGACAUGGAUCUGGAUGUGACCGUCAUCAUCCCCGCCAUCCUUUUCACUAUCGCUGCGAUUUAUUUAGCUUCAUCGCUCCUCAACAAGAAGCCCAACGCCUCCUCCUCCUCAGUCGGGAACAAGAAGCCCACAGUCGGCUACGGAGACGACAUCCCUCCAUCCAAAGCCGUGGAAGAGCAUCUCCCACCCGAGCCCGAAGCCUCCCCGCGGCAACAGCCUCCAUCCCCGCCUGUGGAGGACAUCGGAGCCGCGGAGAAGGUCCAAGGCGUUAAGGCUGUUCCAGAUUCAGUGUCGGCAUCAGAACCUGUCCCAGAACCAGUAAAAGUACCUGAACCUGUCCCAGAACCAGUAAAAGUACCGGAACCAGCAUCGGCACCAGAACCAUUCCCAGAACCAGCAUCAGUUUCCGAACCUGUCCAAGAACCAGCUGCGGUUCCAGAACCUGUUGCCGUGCCUGAUCCAGAGCCAGUGGUCAAGUCUGAAUCGGUGUCUGAAGCGGUCCUGCAGUCUGUGGAGAAGUCUUUAUCUGAGCUGAUCCCUGGUUCUGCAGAAGACAGCCUUCCCAACCCCGAACCUCUUGCACAGGCAUCACAUGAGGCUGAACCAGAAAUUGUCCAGAGCAGUGAUGCGACUGCAGCUGACGAUACAGUGAAGUUCACUCCAGGAAAGAAACAGAGCAAGUAUGAGACGCUGAUGACCAAGGAGGAGAUCGAGGAGGAGCAGAGAGUGCAACAGGAGCAGCUGAUGGCCAUCUUUCUGCUGCUGAGGGAGAAGGGGAAGGUGACGGACGGAGAUGUGGAGGAGCAGUCGAAGCUCUAUUCUUCCUGAGGCGCGCUGACUGAGACGUCGUCUGUCCUCUCAGGGAGUUCCUCAUCACUUCUGCUGCUCACAUUUGACUCGUAGCUGCAGUGGAUGGUUCCCACUGCAACGCUGACUAACAAAACUUUAAUAUAAACUACUGUAAGUUUACUUUUUAAAUUUUAAAUCUGUCCCUGUUGCAGUGAAAUGUUUUAUUUAUGUAUUUAUUUAAUUAGUCUUCGACAUGCUGGAGAGGGUAGAUACAUUCAGAUGGACUAAGUCUCAUCUGUCUGGACAGCAGCUAGUGGACUAAUACAACAGAGAGCCAAAGUCUCAACACCACUUAGUGUCUAGCAGUGGAGAACAAAGUACUUUAUUUAAGUAAAAGUUGCAGUACCACACUGAAGAAAUACUCAGUUACAAGAAAACACAUUAAAAAUCUUCCUUUUAUGUAAAGUUUUAAAAGUAUGCUCCAAGUCCCAAAAGUAAAAAGUACUUGUUAUGCAGCAUGGCCCAUUUUGGAAUAAUACAUUAUAUUUUUGGAUUAUAAUUUGUUGUUGCAUUAAUGUGUACACUACUUUAAUGUUGCAACAGGUAAAACUAAUUUUAGUUACUUUAAAUACUGCUGGGUAGUGUGUGAGUUUCAAAGAUUAUCACUAGAGUGAAAAUAUUUAGUAUCACAGUUGAUUUACCUUUUAAACCGUGCAGUUAGUUUGCUGAAGCAGUUUGCUUUUACAAACAACAACUGCAACAACAUCAUUCAAGCUCAUUGGACCCAGGAUUUAAAAAAAGAUAUCAACUAUUUAGUUACAUUUGUACUUUUGGGAAAAUAAAUGUGACAUUUUUUUUCUUGAAACAUAACA